AGAAAGAAAGAAAGAAAGAAAGAAAGAAAGAAAGUGGAGAAAGUAUCCGUGCUAAACAGUAGAGGGCAGCAGCAUCGAUGCAGCAUUUAUACUCCUCAGAAAUAAAAUGUAGGAAGAAGAUGUCGCACCCACUGUAAACAACAAUAGGGAAGUGGGGCAAUACUAAAAAUAUCAGUACUUGAUUGUUAUUUCCCUCGGGUAAAGAUAGGGAUUAUGAUCGACGAGCUUUAUUUUUCAUAAACGACACGAUGGAGGGCUCCAAGUCGUCGAGUACAACCAUGCAGGUCAGCUUCGUGUGUCAGCGCUGCUGUCAGCCGCUUAAACUGGACACAUCGUUCAACGUACUCGACCGAGCCACCAUCAAGGAACUUAUUGCGCCACUGGUCACUGUGACACCCAGCAAACAGGCCGACAACAACAGCGGAGGCGAAGCAGCACCAGAGGAGACUUUUGUUGAAAACAAACAAGAUGGAGUGUCACGAAAAUACAUCCCUCCUGCCAGGAUGAUGUCGACGGAGAGCGCCAACAGUUUCACGCUGCUCGGAGAUGCAUCUGAUGGUGGCACAAUGGAAAAUCUUAGCCGAAGACUCAAGGUAACCAGUGACCUUUUUGACAUCAUGUCAGGCCAAACAGAUGUUGACCACCCACUGUGUGAGGAGUGCACCGACACACUCCUAGACCAUCUGGACACGCAGCUUAACAUCACAGAAAACGAGUGCCAGAAUUACAAGCAGUGCCUGGAGCUGCUGUCGAACCUACAGGUGGAGGAUGAGGAGACCCUGCUGGCCGAGUUGCAGCAGCUCAAAGAGGAGGAGGAGGCUUUAGUGCAGGACCUGGAGGCUGUGGAGGGGCAGAGGUCCGCUGUGGCUCAGGACCUGGCCCAGAGCAGGGUCCAGGCUCAGCAGCUGGACACAGAGGAGCUACAGUACCAAAAGGAGUACAGUGAGUUUAAAAGACAGCAGCUAGAGCUGGACGAUGAGCUGAAGAGUGUCGACAACCAGAUGCGUUACUGCCAGAUUCAGCUGGACCGUCUGAAGAAGACCAAUGUUUUCAAUGCAACGUUUCACAUCUGGCACAGCGGCCAGUUCGGUACCAUCAAUAACUUCCGUCUGGGCCGACUUCCCAGUGUUCCAGUGGAGUGGAAUGAAAUCAACGCUGCCUGGGGGCAGACAGUGCUACUUCUGCACGCUCUAGCCAACAAAAUGGGGCUGCGGUUUCAGAGAUAUCGUCUUGUCCCUUAUGGAAACCACUCAUACUUAGAGUCCCUGUCAGACAAAUCGAAGGAACUUCCACUGUACUGCUCAGGUGGUUUAAGGUUCUUCUGGGACAAUAAGUUUGAUCACGCCAUGGUGGCCUUCCUGGAUUGUGUCCAGCAGUUCAAAGAAGAGGUUGAGAAAGGAGACACUGGCUUCUGCCUCCCGUACAGGAUGGAUGUGGAGAAGGGGAAGAUAGAGGAUACAGGAGGAAAUGGAGGAUCCUAUUCCAUCAAAACCCAGUUUAACUCUGAGGAGCAGUGGACCAAGGCACUUAAGUUCAUGCUCACAAAUCUGAAAUGGGGGCUGGCCUGGGUCACCUCACAGUUCUACAACAGAUAAACCUGCUCAACUUCAAAUAUUGACUUUAUAGUGAUAUGCACCUGUUCAAAUGGAAUGGAUUGUCGAGUUGGAUAUGCAGCCAGUGGAGGAGAGAUACCUGCAACCAUUUGCUGGAUUGAAAGCAGCAAGACCUUCAGAACACAAUUAAUUUUUUUUUUUUGGUUGACCAGGACAAAUUUUAAGUACAAAGUUAUGUGUGGGGUCACUAUGACUUUUGAAAGAAAGAAGAAUAAUGUACGGUUCCUUUUAUGGUCUGUCUCCUGAAAGAUUCAAUUUUCCUAAAGUAUUGCAUUAAAACAUUUUAAAGACUUAUAAAGAAUGCGAAGAUAUAUUUGCUUACAAAGAAAUGU